GGGAAAUUUUAUGUCAGGAAGUAUCAUGAGGUGCCGCAGAAGUUGACAUCACGUAGAAGUAGCACAUUUGCGGAUGAUUAGCGAAGUUAGCAGGGAGAUUCAUUGAACUGCAGGCAUUUCCCAUCAUGGAGGACAUAAGCACUGUGAUGUCCUGGUUUUCCAGCCCCGUGUACAGCCGCUACUGGCAGCACUACCAGCAGGCUAUGGCCUGGCACCAGAGACACAGGCGUGCCUACAGAAAGGCCUUGGAGGCUGCCUAUGGCCCCGGUUACUGCCAGGAGCAGCACCCCAGCAGCCACCAGCGCUAUGCAGACUGGCACGCUGGAGAGAGGGAUGACAAAGAAGAAGAGAAUGAGGACAAGGAUGAGGAGGAGAGCAGCUCGGACAGCGAGAUUGAGUGCGACGUCAGCAACAUGGAGAUCAGCGAAGAGCUUCGGGAGUACUUUGCCCAGACAGAAAAGCACAGAGAGGAGCUGAAGAAGCAGCAGCAGAUGGAGGCUGAGCAGCAGGACAGCUACGUGCCGGCCGACCAGGACCUGCACGCCGUCUCCUGGCGAAGCAGCGCGGCUCCUCCCUCCGAUCGGCCUGGCGAGAGACGCGGCGCUGAGAUGAAGAAGCUGUUUGGCGAUGAUGCGCCCAAGAUCAUGGCCAUGGAGGCGGCAAUGCAGCUCACCUUCGACAGAAACUGUGACCUCAAACAGCCUAAGUACUGGCCUGUUAUCCCGCUGAAACUGUAACGGCGGUGGGCAGAGCUGUUGAUUUGGAGGAAAUCCCUGCUCGGAUGUGGAUGAGACGGCAGCUUUGUCAUGUAAUGGAUGGUGGCUGCCGACGCUGCUGAUGUAGAACUAAUGGCUUGGGUCAGCUGAGGGUUGGAAGUUAUUUGAAGCACAAAAAAAGUUGCAUAAAUUAGCUGAGCUUCUGCUCAGCCAGACAUGAAAGUCAUUGACCUGUCAGCUGCUGCUCCACAUGAAAACUUGGGAUUUUGAUGGACCACAUAAUGUUGAAUUUAUUUACUUUUCCAGAUUUUUAACUCAGGAUAAAACUUAGAGCAUCGCAGAGACUUCAUGGUUCCAUGUGGUCCUUCCACCUUUGUUUAGUCUCUUGAUUUCAGCCCGAAGAGUAAAAAUGAGCGUCAGCUGCGGGUCAGAGGCACAGUAAAACUGCUGCUGUAGGUGAUGUAAAUAUAUUCAAACAACAUGUGGCUGCGUGUUUCCACCUAAUCUGUUUUUGUUUACCCUCGAGCUUGGGGAUGUUACAUGCUGCAGUAGCUCCUCUUCUGCCUGUCAACUUAGUUCAACCACAAAAACACUCUCAUCCCCCUCCUCUGCUCAGAGUUAGAAGCGUUCCCGCGUGGCUGCUUCUGAUAUUCCACUUUUCAACACACAUGAAGAGUGAUUUGUUGCUUUUGCUUCUAAACUGUGCCUCUGUUUCUGACAUUUCAUCGGGAUCAAAGCCGUCCGUGUGGUUUCUCAGGAUGGACUAUUCUCUUUUAUCUGGUGCUCCCACCACCCGGCACCCUUUUUUUAGACUGAGUGAUGUGUAUUUUAAUAUAAAUUCUGUUUAUAAUAAAGUGUUUGUUUAAGUCUGGAUAAAGCCUGCUUAGUCUGUCGUUAUGUCUUAAUCAUCUCUCUGCAUAA